CUGGCGUGUGAUUGGCUGGCUUUUUGCAUGCGCGUUAUGCAAUUACGCAGGUCUGUCAGUAUUCUCACAAUCACGGUAACCUCAAUUUCUCUUGAUUUUCUCAGAUUUUCUCGGCGCCCUUGGGGCUUGGCGGCCUCGGCGAAGCUGAAUAUGGGUAAAUAAACAUUCAUCGGUUUCACCUAACUUGAGGUGUCCUGAAUUGUCAUCGGCUCGCUAGAGAGGAAUCGAGGAAUCUGAAAUUAAAACUACUGGACAUGUAGAUGGUCAUAUAUCGAUGGUAUAUAAUAAAAAUAUUUUUCUCUGUAAGUCAGUGAUGCACGUAAUAAUUUUGAAUUGUGAACGUAACGCAAGAAUAUAUGAAACAGAUGCUGUAAAAUCAGUAUCAUGUGAUUAGAUAAAGGUCUAUUCUCUGCAGCUAAACUAGUAUACACUCAUUGUAUUUAAAAUAAAAUAAGUAUUCAAAGUUUGGCGAAAGCGGAAUAAAAAGUUUUAGUGGAAUCCAAUGCAACAAGGAACAAGAUUAAUAUCAAUAGUUGCAGUUAAAAAAAAAUAACAUUUUGAAAUUGGAAAAUGUAACAUCCUUAUUUUGGACAUUUGAUAUGUUACAGAAAAUUGAAGUUUUGGGCCUUACAUUAGGCUGGAGAUAAUACUGGCUGCCAAAGAUAUCACAGUCACUCUAUGUUCUUUAAUAGAGAUCUAAUAGAGAUCCGCUCGAUUAUCUUCUUACUCGUUAAUUAACUUCAUCUUCAAUUGUAUAUUUAAAAACUGAUAAAGGAGACAUGCAUACAACACGCGCCGACACUUCCGAAAGGCGAUUUGAGAUCCAGUGCAAACUAGAGUCGGAGAUCGCUGCUCUGGAAGCUCUAAAGGAAGCGGAGGAACGCAGCCGACGAUUGACGAGUGGAGUAGUGGGAAUACUCUCUUCCUUGGAAGAUCGUUUAGCUACGCUGCGCCGUACGAUACUUCCUGUUUACAAUGAGACUGGAAACCUCCAAGCUCAGCAACACAAUAUAGAGAAGACUUUAAGCGUAUUGGAUCACGCUAUUGGAUACUAUGGCGUGUGUCAAGAGGUAGAAGCCGUAGUACGCGCCGAACCGAGCGGACCUGGCGGUCUGGACGGCUUUCUCGAGGCCAUGAAUCGACUGUACAACGCUCAGCGGUACUUCCAGAAAAACAAUCCUAGCUCGGUCGAGUUACAAAACGUCACAGGUCUCUUCUCGAUCGGCCUAGAAUCGCUUUACGCCGAGUUCCAUGAUAUUCUCAAUCGCCAAAGUAGACCGAUCCUUCCUAUCGUGCUUCUGGAUCUAAUCGGCUCUGACGAGGAUACGAGCGGCGAGGAUGCGCCGCAGUCCCUGUGCCAACUGCCCGAGAGUGUUAUGAGCGACUUGCUCAAGAUCGCCGAAUGGCUCGAGGAAAGGGGCCAUCGUAGGCAUACAAAGAUGUACGCUUCCGUGCGUUCUGGUAUUGUCUUGAGAUCUCUACUACUGCUCAAGGAACAUCAGAAGAGCGCCAGCGGUGGUAGCACCCACGGUGGAAGUCCUAUGCCUCGAACGAAAUUCGCUAACCGACACUCUCUGGACGGUCAGGACGCGGGGCGCAAAGCGUCGCGGCGGCUGCAGCACGCAUUGGACAAGGCCAACCGAAUGCUGUUAAAAGCAUCGCAAACGACGAGGCUGAACCUGGCCCUGAAUUCAGUGUCCAGGAAACCGACGCAGCUCACUCCGUACUCGAUAGAGGACGCGGCGCCCGACGAGCAGGAGAUGGAGAACUAUCUCCUGCUGGCAGCCGGUCUGCACAAACUCAUACAAGCCGAGCGUGCGCUGGUCGCAAAGAUCCUGCCGGCUUCGCUGCAGGCGCAAGUGCUCGAGGCCACCGUGCGCGACGCGAUGGAUCUGGUCGCGCAUGAUGGGGACAGCAUAGCUACGCGCGCCAAACGCUGUAUCACGAGGCGCGAUUUCUCUGCCGUUCUCGUGGUUUUCCCGAUUUUGAAGCAUCUCGGCGAACUGAAGCCCGAUCUCGAAAGAACGGUCGAGGAUUGCGACUACGCGCUGCGCUCCAAGUUCGCAUCUAUGCUCGAUACAUUACAUACAACCGGCGCUAAAGCUUUGGAAGAGUUUGCGGAAAGCGUGAGGAAUGAAUCCGGCGCGGGUUUGCCCAAGGAUGGUACUGUGGCGGAAGGAACUAGCAAUGUCCUGGUCUUUCUGGAGCAACUAGCCGAAUACGCGGAUAUGGCUGGCGCUGUUCUUCGACGCAAUCUCAUCACAGACCAAUCUGCGUUGUACUCAAAAGAUCCAGAAAAUGUACAUAAAAUGGUUCUCGGUGUAUAUAUCAAAAAGGUUCUUGCUCAAUUGAAUCUGGCGCUAGUGAGUAAAAGCGACGCGUCUUAUUCCGAUCUCGCUUUACGAGCUUUAUUUCGGCUGAAUAAUCAUAAUUACGUAGUUAACGCUCUCUGUCGAAGUUCUCUUAUGGAGCUACUCUUAUUGGCCGAGCCAAGUGCGGAACAAACAUAUCACGAUCUACUUCUCAAAGACAAGAUCAAUUACGUUACUACGACAUUCACCAAGGCCCGAUCGUAUCUCGCAGACGAGCCAGAUCUCGGCGCCAAAACGUUGAAGGAGAAGUUCUUGGGUUUCGCGCGAGAACUCGAGGAAGUGGCCAAGUGUCAACGUUCUUACUCGGUGCCGGACAGACGUCUGCGCGAGGAGUUAAGGAAGGAGCUGCACGAGGCGAUCGUGCCGCUGUACACCUCGUUCCACAACAAGUAUCGCGGCACGUCGUUCUCGAAGAAUCCGGCGAAAUACAUCAAGUACACGCCCGACCAGAUAACGGCGCUGAUCAACACGUUUUACGACACCGCCGCGUAAUAAUGUAUACACGCGUAACCGCCGUAAAAUGUCGUGCCGAAGAUUGUUUUUUUUUCUCUUGACGAAGGAAUUAGCAGAGUAUUUAAUAAACACCCAUUUAAUAAAGCAUAUUUAGUUACAAUA